GCCAACUCUAGAUCUCCACCUAGCGCUGUCCGGCACCGCCCUCGACUUUGCCCCGACAAUGGCAACUCCACAGGCCACCACCACCAACCCACCCCAGUUCCGCAUCCCCAUCAUCGACUUCUCAAAAUACCUGCACGGCACUCCAGAAGAGAAGAAAUCAUGCAUCGCCGCCAUCAUGGCCGGCUUCACUACCUCAGGAUUCCUCUACUUGACGCACAGCGGGCUCUCCCCCGCUGACGCAUACUCCUGGUCCGAGAAAUACUUCGCGCUGCCGCUGGACGAGAAAAUGAAGCAUCCGAACACCAACAAAGCGGCGAACCGCGGGUACAGCGGCAUGGGCAUUGAGAAGACGACGAAUGCGGAUCUAGAAGACGGCGGCGAGGACGCGGUUGCGAAACUAAGGGCGAUGUUGCCGGAUUUGAAAGAGAGUCUCGAAAUAGGCAGUGAUGAGGAAGGGGGCCGGUAUCCCGCGAAGCCGUGGAAGAACCACUAUCCCGAUGAUGCGCUGCCGGGGUUUGGCGCUGCGAUGCGCGCGUUCUACGAGAAGUGCGAUGAUCUGCAUCAUCAGCUUCUUUGCGCGAUUGCGGAGGGCUUGGGGCUGGAACGAGAGUGGUUUAAGCAGUAUGUUACGGCUGGUGAUCAUGUGCUGAGGUUGCUGCAUUAUCCAAGUGUGCCGAAGGCGGUGCUGGAGAAGGAGGGCGCGGUGAGAGCGGGGAGUCAUACGGACUAUGGGACUGUUACGCUGCUGUUUCAGGAUGGGAGUGGGGGGCUGCAGGUCAGGACGCCGGAGGGGGAGUGGGUGCAUGUGGAGCCGGUUGAGGGGGCUGUUGUGAUUAACGCUGGGGAUAUGCUGCAGAUUUGGACGAAUGAUGUGAUUAAGUCGACGCACCAUCGGGUUGUGAGCCCGCCAAAUGCGGUGACGACGGAAGACGGAAAGUAUUCGGCGAGGUACUCGAUUGCAUUCUUUGCACAUCCGGAUCACGAGCGCAUCAUUAACGCGAUCGAGAACUGCGUUUCCGAGGCGAGGCCGAAGAAGUAUGGGCCCAUUGUUCCGGGCGAAUGGAUGGUGAAGAGGUUGACUGCAACGUACUGAUCCGUGGUGCGCGCUGUCAACGAUCUGGCUAUUGGGAACGAAGAGAGGAUAAGAUUGAAUAUAAAGAAAAUGAAACAUCCUUAACUAUGCUGUUUGUACGGAAUAUGGGUAUCAUCUCUAAACCUGGUACCUUCGUCAUGCUUCCUCCUCUAUGUUCUACUCUUUAGAAUUCUAUGGUAUGAUGGAAGGAUCCUGCGGCCAAUUCGCUGCAAAUGCGGUCCAUGGUGU